AGUUGUCUUGAAAGUACCACAACUAUGGCAUUGUUCUAUUAAACUGGCCCGGGUUAAAUGUGCCUAUAGCCCGUCGUGUGAGCGCGAAGCGCCCUGCUCAAAUCGAACAAAUCUGCACGGCUUGGUUAUGUUGUUAACAAGGCAGCAUUGUUCAUGCUUCAGAAACAUGGCUCACAACCAUGCCUGGGAAUCGAAUGCAAAUAAACUUUCAGCCAGUGCAAACAAUGCCUACAUUGGCGCCCGGUCGAAUCUCCUCAUAGAAAUGAGUAACAAUUCAACCUAAAACUGUUCGACCUACAUUCCCCCAGUCAAUCUGACGAUUCCCAUUGGUCGUUGGGGAUUGUUUUGUAGCUGGUGACGUGUUUGGUUCCGCCUCCUUAACCAGCGUUGUAAACAAACACUGCAUAAUAUUGCAAGUUUGUCCGUCACCACGAAAAUAUCCUAUCUGCAAAAAACGUUGUCUGAGUAGCUAUUGUUAUUUUAACUACAACAUACACGAAACUGGUUCAUCUCCGAUGAAAAACGUGUUCCUGUUGUCAAGUGUGAGAGACCGAGAGAAAAUCUGCACCACGAUUCUUCUUGUUUGUUUGGAUCCAUCUGUCCGAUGGUUUCUUGCUGAAAAAGUGACCCAACAAGCUAUCUCCUAGACGAUUUAGCAAUUUACUGAUGCAUCUUAGUUGACCAUUUUAGUUGCUGGUCAUAUCUUCGUUCAAAUUAGGUCUUCCACUGAAACCCCGACAACUACUUUAGACAUGGUGAAGCUGACAAAGGCUAAGACGUUCCAGGCGUACCUAGACUCGUGCCACCGAAGGUACAGCUGUGUUCACUGCCGAGCACACUUGGCCAACCAUGAUGACCUCAUCUCUAAGUCUUUUCAGGGAAGCCAGGGACGUGCUUACCUCUUCAACUCUGUGGUGAACGUGGGCUGUGGUCCUGCCGAGGAGAGGCUGCUACUCACCGGGCUCCACGCUGUGGCAGACAUCUACUGUGAGAACUGCCAUACCACACUGGGCUGGAAAUACGAGCAGGCCUUUGAGUUGAGUCAGAAGUACAAGGAGGGGAAGUUCAUCAUUGAGCUGUCCCACAUGAUAAAGGACAACGGCUGGGACUGAGAGGUGAAGGGAGAUGUUUUCAUUGAUGUUUCAUCCCUCAUCCAUUGUUCUUCCUGGCCUGAAUGUGUGUCCCCUCACCCUGCGUAAGGGCCAUCGGCUCUGCCACUCCGUCACUUAAUACAGCUUUGCCAAGAGUAGCAUGUGAUGUUUAUAUAUAUAUAUAUAUAUAUAUAUCACACACACACACA